UGUCCAGAGCUGUUCUCGCUUACUACUUACUAUACUGCUUGCAAUGUGACACAAAAUACAAGACCGUUAAAGGAAGCGCGCACAAAACUGGAAUAUCGUAUCAUUUUCUAACGACAGUAGGAUUGGUUUAUCUGCGAAUAAAGGAGGAAAGAAGACAAGAAAAAAACGCACAAGUUUGCCAUGACAGUGGAUUUGCUUAUAGUUUUAUGUUUGAUCUCUACAGUUACUGCCGUGGAAGAGACGGUGAUGGACACACGCAUUGCCACAGCAGAACUGGGGUGGACAGCAUAUCCAGCUUCUGGUUGGGAGGAGGUGAGCGGCUAUGAUGAAAACCUGAAUACCAUCCGCACAUAUCAAGUGUGCAAUGUAUUUGAGUCCAACCAGAAUAAUUGGCUUCUGACGACCUUCAUUGAUCGUCGUGCAGCUCAACGCAUUUAUGUGGAGAUGCGCUUCACUGUCAGAGACUGUAGCAGCAUCCCCAACGUCCCAGGGUCCUGCAAGGAGACUUUCAAUUUAUAUUAUUACGAGACAGACUCUGUAAUAGCCACCAAGGGUACUGCCUUCUGGACUGAGGCUCCCUACCUGAAGGUGGACACAAUCGCAGCAGAUGAAAGCUUCUCCCAAGUGGACUUUGGAGGAAGGCUUAUGAAAGUCAACACAGAAGUGCGUAGCUUUGGCCCACUCACAAAAAACGGUUUCUAUCUCGCUUUCCAGGACUACGGAGCCUGUAUGUCACUUCUGUCAGUGCGAGUCUUUUAUAAAAAAUGCCCCAGCAUUGUGCAGAACUUUGCCAUAUUUCCAGAAACAAUGACAGGGGCUGAAAGCACUUCAUUAGUUAUUGCUCGGGGGACCUGUAUUCCUAACUCAGAGGAAGUCGAUGUCCCCAUUAAACUGUACUGCAACGGCGAUGGAGAGUGGAUGGUCCCAAUUGGAAGUUGCACUUGCAAGGCUGGAUAUGAACCAGACAAUGGGAAUGUGUGUAGAGGUUGUCCACCAGGAACAUUCAAAUCCAACCAGGGUGUUGGUCUCUGUUCAAUGUGUCCCCAGAAUAGCAAAUCAAGCAGUGAGGCAGCAACAGUGUGUCCCUGUCGGAAUGGCUACUAUCGGAGUGACUCAGAUCUGCCAGAUGAUGCUUGCACUAGUGUCCCCUCUGGGCCUAGGAAUGUGAUUUCAAUUGUGAAUGAAACUUCAGUCAUCCUGGAGUGGCAUCCCCCACGAGAAUCAGGAGGCCGUGACGAUAUCAUGUACAACAUAAUCUGCAAGAAGUGCAGUGCUGACCGCAAGUCUUGCUCUCGCUGUGAUGACAAUGUUGAGUUUGUUCCCCGGCAGCUAGGCCUCACAGAAACCAGAGUGUUCAUCAGCAGUCUCUGGGCACACACAUUCUACACCUUUGAGAUCCAGGCAGUAAAUGGAGUGUCCAGUAAAAGUCCCUACCCUCCUCAACACGUCUCUGUCAACAUCACUACCAACCAAGCAGCUCCAUCCAUGGUUCCUAUCAUGCAUCAAGUGAGCGCUACCAUGAAGAGUAUGACACUGUCUUGGCCACAACCUGAACAACCAAAUGGAAUUAUUCUUGACUACGAGUUACGAUUCUAUGAAAAGGAUAGCCCCUGUCAGCUAAAUGGACACCCCCUGGUGCUUUCCUCUAAGGACCACAGUGAAUUCAAUUCCUCCAUAACAAAGACACAAACCAACACGGCUCGCAUUGAUGGACUGAGGCCGGGCACUGUAUAUGUAGUGCAAGUCCGUGCCAGGACGGUGGCAGGCUAUGGGAAGUACAGUGGGAAAAUGUGCUUUCAGACCCUGACAGAUGAUGACUACAAAUCAGAACUUCGAGAGCAGCUCCCAUUGAUUGCAGGUUCAGCUGCUGCCGGCGUGGUGUUCAUUGUGUCUUUGGUUGCCAUUUCUAUUGUGUGUAGCAGGAAAAGGGCUUACAGCAAAGAAGCAGUUUACAGUGACAAACUACAGCACUACAGCACUGGUAGAGGUUCUCCUGGAAUGAAGAUUUAUAUUGAUCCCUUCACAUAUGAGGACCCCAAUGAGGCUGUCCGUGAAUUUGCCAAAGAGAUUGAUGUGUCUUGUGUGAAAAUCGAAGAAGUCAUUGGUGCAGGGGAGUUUGGGGAAGUGUACAAAGGCCGUCUGAAGCUGCCAGGAAAGAGGGAGAUCUAUGUGGCCAUCAAGACACUGAAGGCAGGCUACUCAGAAAAGCAGAGGCGAGACUUCCUUAGUGAAGCCAGCAUCAUGGGUCAGUUUGACCACCCAAACAUUAUUCGCUUAGAGGGUGUUGUCACCAAGAGUCGCCCUGUGAUGAUAAUCACAGAAUUUAUGGAGAAUGGAGCCCUUGAUUCCUUCUUGAGGCAAAAUGAUGGCCAGUUCACAGUUAUCCAGCUUGUGGGAAUGAUGCGAGGGAUUGCUGCAGGGAUGAAGUACCUUGCUGAGAUGAAUUAUGUGCACAGAGACUUGGCUGCAAGAAACAUUCUGGUGAACAGCAACCUUGUGUGCAAGGUGUCUGAUUUUGGACUUUCACGAUACCUCCAGGAUGACACAUCAGACCCCACAUAUACCAGUUCCUUGGGUGGCAAGAUCCCAGUGCGAUGGACGGCUCCAGAAGCCAUCGCCUAUCGAAAGUUUACCUCAGCCAGUGAUGUAUGGAGUUAUGGGAUUGUCAUGUGGGAAGUGAUGUCAUUUGGAGAAAGGCCUUAUUGGGAUAUGUCAAACCAAGAUGUGAUCAAUGCCAUUGAGCAGGACUACCGCCUACCACCGCCCAUGGACUGCCCCGCUGCACUGCAUCAGCUCAUGCUGGACUGUUGGCAAAAGGAUCGCAAUGCAAGGCCUCGAUUCACUGAGAUCGUUAACACAUUGGACAAGAUGAUCCGCAAUCCAACAAGUCUCAAAGCUGUUGCCACAAUUACUGCAGUGCCUUCACAGCCGCUCCUUGAUCGCUCUGUCCCGGAUUUCACAACCUUCACUUCAGUUGAAGAGUGGCUGGGAGCAAUAAAAAUGAAUCAGUAUAGAGACAGCUUCCUGAAUUCUGGCUUCACCUCCCUCCAGCUUGUUAUGCAGAUGACCUCAGAGGACCUUCUGAGGAUAGGGGUGACAUUAGCUGGGCAUCAAAAGAAAAUUCUUAACAGUGUCCAGUCAAUGAGGAUACAGAUGAGUCAGUCGCCUACAGCUAUGGCAUGACAGACACUGCCUUCAUCACAGAAGCUGGCCUUAGGUCCGUUAGGCCUGACCCAAGCCCUCAUCCCCAACUCACCUCUACUACUCCUCCAGAUUUUGGGCAGGCUUGCAGUGUUCAACAAUGUGUGGGGAAGACAUCAUUUAUUUCCUCUCAGCCACUGGGUGUACCAGCAAAAUGAAUUUCAACCACAGGAUGGAUUUCCACACAGGAUUUAUAAUAUUGGUGUCCAAAUUUCCACUGGAGGAACUAAACAUGGCAUAAGGAUCCAGCGGAUGAUUGUAAUUACAAAUGAAUAUGUAAUCUUUUUCUUCAUUUUUUUUUCUUUUACACACUGAAUCUGUUGCUUCCCAGGUGGCAUCAUGAAUCACCUAGACUAUUUUAUUUUUUCUUUUAAAAACAACGCUGUGAUAUUUUUUUCGGACUAUCUGUGCUACCUUAUGAUGUCUAUGGUGACAUCAUUGCCAAAGGACUGCUGUACAGCUGUACUUCAGUUUUGA